GCGCAACGCGCUGCGCGCAGGGUCAGGCAGGCAGGCAGCGAGGCAGCCGCGCCCGCGGGGCUCUCCCCUCUGCCUGGGGCGUGCCGCCGCGCUGCCCCCGCCGGGCCGCCCGGGAGAUCCCGCGCCUGCUCUGCCCACGUGACCGGGGCAACGGGAGCCCAGCUUGAGACCUGAUUCGGGCUAAGCUGGACGCUCGGCCGGGCCGCGCAGGCCCCGUGGCGCCACCCCUCACCGCCCGCCGCCGUGAGCUCCCGGGGGGCAGGGGCGGGCGCUCCACAGUGACGCCACCCCGGGAGAAGGCACCGAUUGGCCCGCGCGGCCUGGCGCUGUACGUGGCUGCCUCCUAUUGGCCCGCGGCGGCGCGGCCCGGCGGCGGCCAUGGGGGAGCCGCGGCGGCGGCCGCGCUCGGCGGAGGGACCGACGGGCGGCGAGCGGCGGUACCGCUUCGCGGACGGGCCGGAGAGCGGUGAGCGGCGGGCGGCGCUGGCGCUGCGCGUCCCCGAGGUGCUGGACUCCCAGUACGGCCUGUACGUGUGGCCCUGCGCCGUGGUGCUCGCUCAGUACCUCUGGUUUCACCGCACGACGCUGCCUGGCAAGAGGGUGUUGGAGAUCGGAGCAGGCGUCAGCCUACCUGGUUUAGUAGCUGCAAAGUGCGGUGCUGAAGUUAUACUAUCAGAUAGUGAAGAGCUACCUCAGUGCUUGGAGAACUGUCGAAAGAGCUGUUUGAUGAAUGACCUGCCUGAUGUACCUGUUAUAGGUCUCACUUGGGGCCGGGUAUCUCCAGAGCUGCUCUCUCUUGCUCCUGUGGACAUUAUUUUAGGAUCUGAUGUCUUUUUUGAACCAAAAGAUUUUGAAGAUAUUUUAACUACAGUUUACUUCUUAAUGGAAAAGAAUCCACAUGCUCAAUUCUGGACUACAUAUCAGGUCCGAAGUGCUGACUGGUCUAUUGAAGCUUUGCUCUGCAAAUGGAAACUGAAGAACAGCCACGUUCCACUACACUCAUUUAACGCAGACAAAGAGCACUUGGCCAGCUCUUCUUUACCAGGAAGACAUACAAUUGAAAUGAUGAUCAUCUCACUAGCAAGAUCAGAUGGUACUUAAGUUUAUUCCACUUGUUGAUUCCAAUACAAGAUGAUACUGUAGCAUGGAUCUGCAGGAAACAGUCUGAUUUGCAGCAAACCUCAUGCAUAUUUCUUGGGAAGCAGAUACCUUUAGCAUUUUUUUUUUAACAUGCAUUGUAAAAAUAAAGCUGUUCAACUCUUCA